CCCUCAGCCCAGGUCGUGUCCAUUGCACCUGCUCUGGGGGCUGCUUGCACUUGGUGCUGGGUCCUGUUGUCUGCUUCAGCCCUGCUGCUCAUGCUGCCACUCACCCAGCCUGUGCCCCACACCCUGUCUUAGUCAUGGGCAUCAGGCAUCGCGGCCCAUCACUGCAGCUAUGGCUAUCUCUUGGUGGGUCCCUGUGCUUCCCUAACUCAGUGGGGAGACAGAGGGUUCCCAGAGGAUGUGGCCCUUGUCCUGUCAACUGUGGAGCUGCAGGCUGCCCUCUUCUUCCUUGGCUGCUCUUUCCCCUCACAGCAUGGCAGGGGGUGGGGAACUUAUCAUGGCUAGGGUGGGCUCUGGCACCAGGCCCCAGCUCUGGCCUCCCCCAGUGGUGCUGCCAGUGCUGGGAGCAAGUGUCUGGGCCCAUGGGCUGGGCUGUGUGCGAGGUGGCUGCGCCACACUAGGGUAGGGGGUGGGGGCUGCCCCUGCCAGCACUGGUGGGAAGCUUCCCACAGCAGAGACCUGUGCUGCAGCUUGGAGCUUGGACCUAAAUUUGCCUGUGGGCUCGGUGCCUGGGCUGGGCCUGGUGCCACCUGCAAUUGUUCAAGGCAGGUAGUGUCCUGCCACUCGGGCUUGCGCCCAGCACGGGCUGUACCCACCACUGGAGCCCAGGCCCUGCCUCACUACCUAAAUAUAGUGCUGGAGGCUCCCUGCCAGGAUGGGGGCCGGGGGGGGGCACUAGGCUGGGCUGUGCCCCCAGCAGAAACAAGGGUCUAGCGAGCGGGUUCCAGCAAAGAUGGGGGAGGUCCCUGGUGUCUGCUUCACAGGUUUACAGAAGCUUAGGGACUGCUGUUUGCUGGGUGGCUGCAGCGGCCAGGGGGCCUUACUCAGCCCCAGCUUCUCCCAGCUGCCAUCCUCCUUGCACCCAGCUCCCUGGAGGGGCUCAGGUGUGCGGGGGCCAGGGCCUGGUGCUGGGGGAGGACCCUGUGCUAGAUUUCAGACUGGCAGUGCUGGCUCUGACCAAGUUAUGUACUGGCUCCCUGUCUCCCAAAGCCCAGGCCCAAACAGGGGGCACUUGCUGAGGCCCAGGGUGAUUGCAGGACUGUGGCCUGGUGUCUGGGCAUGUCCCCAGGUGUGGUGUCCCCAGGCAUCGCAUGCUAGCUCCUGGGAUGUGCCUAGCACGGUGUGCUGGCUGGAGCUCCCUGUUUAGAGCAAGCCCAGGCCCCAGGGAGAGAGCAGUACCCCUUGCUCCCAUGGCCAUGCUAUCCCUCACUGCCUGUGGACCUUGCUGGGCUGUGGGCUGGGGCCUGCAUCCCUGGGCCACAUCUGUGGCUGUCUGCUGGGGGCAAGAGCAGUGGUGUUCCAUGGGCACAUAGGGCUGGGGCCUUUGUCCCAGCUCUGUAGCUCUGUCCUGGUGGCAGAGGUUGCAGCGCGACCCAGGAGCAUGGGGUUGGGGCCUGGGCUAUCCCCUGAUGGCCACGACACCCCCCCAGGCCUUCCCCACAUUCCCCCUUGCCCCUGGCGGAGCCCUCAGCCUCUGCUAGUAAGGCCCUCAGCACCCUUCUUCCCUGGGCUGGGGGGCAAGUAGGGGGUCCCAUGGGCUCUCCCAGCACAGGCGCCUGCCUGCCCCAUGCCCCUCUCCCUCCGGGAGUGUGUGACUCAGUGUCACUCGACGCUACUGACAGCUGCAGCCGCAGCCAGGGAUAAAAAUGGAGCUGGAAUUUCAGGGAUGCUGCACAGCACAAAGCUCAGCUAAAAUUAGCCCCUGCUCUCACCCUUGCGGGGAUGGGCAGAGGCCAGGGACGGGCAGCGGAGCCCCAGACGCGCUGGGGGCAGCUCCGGGACGGACGGAGAGAGCAGGCAGGCCGAGCACGGGGCAAGCGAGCUGAGAGCAGGAACUGCCGGUGGAGCUAGUGGGGCAGACAGGACAGGGCAGACAGAGAGGUACUGGGGCAACCGGACGGCAGGACAGGCCGGCGGCAGUACCGGGGCAGACAGAAAGGGCAGGGCAGACAUACUGAGGUACUGGGGCGGCAGGACAGGCCGACAGCAGUAGUGGGGCAGACAGCCGAGGCCAGGCAGCCCAGUGGUGGUAGUGGGGCCGAGGUGCAGUGGGGCAGGCAACGCAACCGUGGGGAUGAACUUUGCGGUGGGCUUCAAGCCGAUGCUGGGGGACGGGCAGAGCAUGGACACGCUGGAGAAGCAGCUCAUCUGUCCCAUCUGCCUGGAGAUGUUCACCAAGCCUGUGGUGAUCCUGCCCUGCCAGCACAACCUGUGCCGCAAGUGUGCCAACGACAUCUUUCAGGCCUCAAAUCCUCUGUGGCAGUCGCGGAGCUCCAGCACGGUGUCAUCAGGCGGGCGUUUCCGGUGCCCAUCGUGCCGGCACGAGGUGGUGCUGGACCGGCACGGCGUCUACGGGCUGCAGCGGAACCUGCUGGUGGAGAACAUCAUUGACAUCUACAAGCAGGAGUCCUCCAGGCCACUGCACACGAAAGCAGAGCCGCAGCUGAUGUGCGAGGAGCACGAGGAGGAGCACAUCAACAUCUACUGCCUGAGCUGCGAGGUGCCCACCUGCUCCCUCUGCAAGGUCUUUGGUGCCCACAAAGACUGCGAGGUCGCGCCCCUGCCUGCUGUCUACAAGCGCCAGAAGAGUGAACUGAGCGAUGGUAUCGCUAUGCUGGUGGCGGGGAAUGACCGAAUCCAAGCCAUUGUCACGCAGAUGGAAGAGAUCUGCCAUGCCAUCGAGGACAACAGCCGGCGGCAGAAGCAGCAUCUGAGUCAGCGCUUUGAUGGGUUGUGCGGGGUCCUGGAGGAGCGCAAGGCUGAGCUGCUGCAGGCUGUGGGGCGGGAGCAGGACGGGAAAGUGCAGCGCGUGCGUGAGCUCAUCCGCCAGUACGGUGACCAUCUGGAGACCUCCUCCAAGCUGGUGGAGUCAGCCAUCCAGUCCAUGGAGGAGCCGCAGAUGGCCGUCUACCUGCAGCAAUCCAAGGAGUUGAUCAAGAAGAUCAUGGACAUGUCCAAGAUUUCAUUGAGCAGCCGCCCAGAGCCUGGCUAUGAGAGCAUGGACCACUUCUCCAUCAAUGUGGACCAUGUGGCUGAGAUGCUCAGGACCAUCGACUUCCAGACAGACCCAGUGGGCGAGGACGAGGCUGAGGGGCCCUUGGGCCUGGAUGGUGGUGAAGUGGCAAGUGAGGAGCAGCGACUGGAUGGAUCGGAUGGACCAGAGGGGCCAGAAGAUGCGGGACCCAGGCAGAAGCCAGCAAGCUCCCGGCAUGGCCAGCACUGAGCAUGUUGCAGCAGGACAGGGGUUGUGGAGCUGCCAACCCAUGAGCGUGAACCCAGACCUGGCAUCACCAGCCAUGGACCCUACCCUGCUCACUACUGCCCCCUCCUGCUCCUCCAUCCCUCCCCACACUUUUUUUAUAGUUCAUGAACCUUGGAGUUGGCGCGGUCGCCUGUUCAUUUAUUAAACACAUGUGUGAA